AUGCAUAUGCUGCAGUUUCUUCUUCCUCCGAUCUGCAAGGUCAUGGCCGAAUCACUGCUUCUCCCUGUGGUGGAAGGCCUGGCCGGCAAGGCCGCAGACGCGCUCGUCCAGACCAUGACCCGCAUGUGUGGCCUGGACGACGACCGCGAAACGCUGGAGCGCCAUCUGCUAGCCGUCCAGUGCAAGCUGGCCAACGCGGAGGAAAGGAGCCAGACGAAUGCCUACCUCAGGACCUGGAUGCAGAAGCUCAAGGACGUCGCCUACAAGGCUGGUGACGUGCUCGACGACUUCCAGUACGAGGCGUUGCGCCGCGAAGCCCAAAUCGGCGAGUCCACCUCCCGCAAGGUACUCAGCUACGUCACGCGCCGCAGCCCGCUGCUCUUCCGUUUUGCCAUGAGCAGAAAGCUCAAAGGAGUUCUCGAGAAGAUCAAGGGGCUCGUUGAGGAGAUGAACAUGUUUGGCCUUGAGAAUUCUGUCAAUCGGGAGGGGCCUCAACUUCCUUGGCGGCAGACACACUCCAAACUGGACGAGUCUACCAACAUCUUUGGAAGAGAUGAUGACAAGGAGGGGGUGGUGAAGCUGCUGCUAGACCAACAAGAUCAGCGGAAGGUGCAGGUGCUGCCCAUCUUCGGUAUGGGAGGUCUUGGCAAGACGGCACUUGCUAAAAUGGUGUACAAUGACCAAGAGGUCCAGGAACAUUUCCAGUUGAAGAUGUGGCACUGCGUGUCAGACAAUUUUGAUGUUUCUGCCAUUGUGAAAUCCAUCAUUGAAUUGGCUACAAAUGGAAGAUGCGACCUGCCUGACCGCAUCGAACUAUUGCAGAAGAACCUUGACGAAGUCAUUGGCCAGAAGAGGUUUUUUCUUGUUCUUGAUGAUGUAUGGAAUGAAGAAAAGAAAUUGUGGGAGGAUGAACUGAAGCCACUGUUGUGUUCUAUUGGUGGACCAGGAAGUGUCAUAGUGGUCACAUGUCGAAGCAAGCAAGUGGCCUCUAUAAUUCCAACAGUCGAUCCCGUUGAGCUAGCAUUUCUGAGUGAAGAAGAUUCAUGGGAAUUGUUUUCAAACAAAGCAUUUAGCAAUGGUGCAGAGGAGCAAACAGAGUUAGUCACAAUCGGAAAACGUAUUGUCUACAAAUGCGGGGGCCUGCCUCUUGCUCUGAAGAUAAUGGGUGGUUUGCUGAGUUCAAAGCAACAGGUACAUGAAUGGAAGACCAUUGAAGAAACUAACAUUGGGAAUAAUGUUGGAGGCAAAUAUGAGGUCAUGCCCAUACUGAAGUUAAGCUACAAACACCUGUCAUCUGAAAUGAAGCAAUGCUUUGCAUUCUGCGCGCUUUUCCCCAAGGAUUAUGAGAUGGAGAAGGAUAUGUUGAUCCAACUAUGGAUGGCAAAUGGCUUUAUUCAAGAAGAGGGAACAAUGGAUUUAGCACAAAAAGGAGAAUUCAUUUUUCAUGAAUUGCUUUGGAGGUCCUUCCUACAAGAUAUGAAAGCUGCAGACAAAUCUGAUGGCUAUGCAUAUGGGAUAAUUGUAUGUGAAAUGCAUGACUUAAUGCAUGACUUAGCCAAAGAUGUUAGCAAUGAAUGUGCCACCAUAGAAGAAUUGAUUGAACAGAAAGCAUUGGUAAACAAUGUAUGCCAUCUGCAAUUACCAAAAUGGGUUGAAUUGGAAAAUACUUCCAGGUUGUUUGAUGGCAAAACAUCUCUCCACACUUUGUUAGCUCUUUCAUGGAUGCAGCAGGAUUUUGACUGCCACAUGUAUCAUUACGAGCAUUGCAUUGGCAGGGUUCUAGCACCAGUUUGA